AUGUAUCACACCUCACGGAACUCGAUCAACAUGCUCGACAAGCUCAAACUCGAGCUCGUGCCGGCCGCCGGUGACAAGCUCGUGCUCAAGCUCUCUCCUCCGCCGCCGCCGCUUGCUGACAAGCAGGCGUGUGCUUGCGCGCACGUGACAAUGCGCUCCCACCUGCAAGACGUAUCCUCUGGCCUUCUGACACAGGCGUCGCUGGCGGGCAACACGACCGCGUGCGGCAUCAAGUCCGCCGCCGCCGAGGAGUCCGCCGCCAAGUCCGCCGCCGCCGAGGAGGACGCCGAGUCGGCCACCGCGGAGGCGACCGCCGAGGAGGCCGCCACCAAGAAGGCGACCACCGAGGAGGCCGCCGCCAAGAAGGCGACCACCGAGGAGGCCGCCGCCAAGUCCGCCACCGAGGAGGAGUCCGAGGAGGCAGCCACCGAGGAGUCCGCGGCCGAGGAGUCCGCGUGCGGCGUCAAGGACGACGUCGUGAAGGAGGACGACGUCGAGGGCGAGUCUUCGCCGAUGAAGUCCUUCGCGAAGGUCGGAAUCGUGCCGGCUGACGACGGCCGCAUCACGCUCGUCAUCUCCGCGUCGGAGUCGCCUUCGCUCCUCGGAGCCAAGGCGUGCGGCGUCAACAACGUCAACAUCACCGUCGCAAAGUCUGCCACGGAGGACCUCAAGAAGGACCCGGCCGCGGAAAAGGCGCCCGACGCGGGCGCGUUCGACUCGGACAAGGCCAAGGCCAUGUUCGCCGCCCACGCGCCCGCCGUUUUCUGGUCCAAGUUUGAGCGCCCGACCGUCGUGGGCGCCCUCAAGAAGGCUGCGGCAAAGUCUGGCGCGGAGGCCUCCGUUGACGAGACCGGCGUCAUCAAGAACGACCCGGCGCUCAAGCCGGUCAUCAAGAUCGACACGGCUCUCAAGAAGGCGGCGGUUUGCGGCGAGGCGCUGCCGUCGGUCGACGCCGACUGGAACGUCUCGACCAAGGAGUUUCCAGAGGAGACGGCCGCCCCGGCGGUGAGCACCCCCCAGCAGAAGCACACGCGGGUCAUCGACGGGUGGAAGACCGCCUCCCCGCUCCGCAAGAUCGAGCGCAAGGGCGAGCCCAACCUGAUCGACCGCUCCAAGAAGACCACCAAGAACCCCACCCCGAUCGGCCGCGUCGACCCCAACGGGUUGGGCAAGCCCAACCUGGUCGACUGCUCCAAGAGCACCACCCCGACCGACCCACCAACGGCCCCCAACGGCGUCACCACAAACGCCCCGGCCCUCACGCCGGUGGCGACCGGCGGCGCGCCGCUGCCGUCGAUCGAGGAGGGCGACGCCGACUGGACCGUCUCGGCCAAGGAGUCUCCGCCAGCGGAGAAGCCCGCCCCGGCGGGCAUCUCCGACUGGACCACCCCGUCGAACCCGCGCCGCAAGAAGGGGCGCAAGGGCGCGUCCGCCCCGAUCGUCCGCACCAAGAGCAUCGCCCCGGUCGGCGGCAACAACCGGUUCGGGGCCCUGCUCGGAACGGACGGCAACGAGGGCAUCCUCGGUGGCACCGGCAAGGUGACCGGCGGCUCCACGCCGCCGACCACAGACUCGGGCGCGACGGCCAACGUCGAGACGACCACGAUUACCACGCCGGAGGGCUCCGUCUCUGCCUCCGGCUGGUUCUCUUGGCCCAAGUUCUGCCCGACUUACUUGCUCCGCCUCUUUGGCAUCCUCGCGCUGCUCUGCCUCGGAACCGCGUUUGCGCUCUCCUCGUACUCUGCCACCUCCGCGCUUCUCUCCUCGCAGUGGCACGAGUCCCCGACUUCCUUUCCCGCAGUCACGACGCCGAUCACGCCGGCAUCGCUCAACGGCGUCUGCGAGAUUGGCGGCGACGACACCAGCUCGUUUGCAGCCAUCGCCUCUUCGGACAGCGUGCCCGCACCGCGCCAGCUCGUGACCAACAGCCCGCGCGCUGUUGAGGGCGGGCACGAGGAGGGGCGCUUGUUGGAAGCACUGAUGGACGACGUCAAAGAGGCGGUGGGCGAGCCGUUGCACCUGAUUGGCGAGCCGCCGGCGUCCAUCAUCGAGGACGUUUACGAGAAGCAGCCGGGCGAGGCCGACUUGGAGACCGUCCUAGCCUCGCGCAACAGCACGGAGCGCAAGGGCGAGCCCGAGAUCGACUUUGUCGGUCCCGUCUACAGCAACAGGACGGGGAUCAUCGCUCGGGGGCGCGACACCGUCCUGCCCGUGAACGACACGUCGCCCAAGUUGCGGCCCGCCGACGCUGGGAAGCCCGGAAGCAAGGCGCGGAAGCUUGUUGAGGCUGGCCUCGCUGGGGCCUCCGUGCUGCUCGUCUCGCGCAAGAAGGCGUUCGACGCCGCCGUCCGCAUGGGCGCCGCAGCGCUAGUCGUCGGCAAAGUGAGCUGGGACCUCUGGAGCGGCGGUACGGUCGUCCUCUCGUCGGCGCCCUACGCGAGCGGAGAGCCUUUCCAGGCCGAGUACGGCGUCUCCCUCUCGCCCGGCGUCGAGUGCGAGCUCGUCAUGAAGGACUCGUACGGCGACGGCUGGGACGGCGCUAGCUGGUCGGGCCUCGGGCAAGAGGGCCUCACCGUUGCCUCUGGGUCCGAGGAGCGGAAGUCUUUUGUGGUGCCGUUUGCGCCGCCCUCCCCGCCGCCGUCCGCUGUGUCGUGCGGUGGCCAUUUUGCCUCCGUCUGCGAGAAUUGUCCGUGGGCGCCCGACGAGACGGCGCAAGAAUGGUGGGCGGGCUCAGCUUGGUGCAACGGCGAGUGUGCGUGGAACUCUGCCGACGGAGUGAGCUGGGACCUCUGGUGCGGCGGUACGGUCGUCCUCUCGUCGGCGCCCUACGCGAGCGGAGAGCCUUUCCAGGCCGAGUACGGCGUCUCCCUCUCGCCUGGCGUCGAGUGCGAGCUCGUCAUGAAGGACUCAUACGGCGACGGCUGGGACGGCGCUAGCUGGUCGGGCCUCGGGCAAGAGGGCCUCACCGUUGCCUCUGGGUCCGAGGAGCGGAAGUCUUUUGUGGUGCCGUUUGCUAACCCGUGA